AUGUCCGAUUCCGAGCCCUCCAAAGAGCGUGUCGAACAGACUGGAACUCCUGGUUCCAGUAAUGAAUACAAGGAUGACUAUCCCCACGACACCUCUUCUUCCGACUAUGUGCUCGCUCCCGAGUCACCCAAGUCAAUUGGUAUUAGAAAGGUGGAAUUAUUGAACAAGCAAUACCACACCCCGGUGCUCCGUACCCUUUUCUUCGUGUGCAUCUUCUUCGUGUCAUACUGUUAUGCCAUUGAUGGAACCCUUCGUCUGUCUCUCCAGGCGUACGCUACCAGUUCCUACUCCCAGCACUCGCUUCUUUCGACCAUCAACGUUAUCAAGGCCGUGGUUGCAGCUGCUGCCCAACCCACCUAUGCUCGUUUGUCUGAUAAGUUUGGAAGAUUAGAGUUGACCAUUAUCUCCAUCAUCUUUUACGCAAUGGGUACAGUGAUCCAGUCACAAGCGUACGACGUAUAUAGAUUUGCCGGUGGUUCCGUGUUAUACCAGGUUGGAUAUUCCGGUAUCAUCAUCAUGCUUCAGAUUGUCAUUGCCGAUUUCUCUAACUUAAACUGGAGAUUGACUGCCUCGAUGGUUCCAGCAUUGCCUUUCAUUAUCAAUACCUGGGUGUCCGGUGAUAUCCUUAGCAGCUUAUACCCAAAGCACUCUUGGAACUAUUCAAUUGGUAUCUGGGCCUUCAUCUUUCCAUUGUCAUGUGUGCCAUUGCUUGCAUGUUUCAUCCAUAUGUUGGUAUUGGCCCGCAGAACCGACGAAUGGAAACGUUUGGUUGAAGAAGAGAGGCUUCACCGCCAGCAGGUUCGGUCGGGUAAGUCUUUCGUGAAAUAUCUUGCUGAUUCCUCCGUGGAAUUAUUCUGGAAGUUGGAUGUCGUUGGUAUUCUUUUUGUUGUGUGUGUUUUUGGAUUUAUCUUGGUUCCAUUGACAAUUGCAGGUGGUGUCACCAAUAAGUGGAAGAGAGGCUCCACUAUUGCCCCAUUAGUCAUAGGUUUUGUCCUUAUUCCGUUCUUUGUUCUUUGGGAAGGCAAGUAUGCCCGCCAUCCAAUUAUGCCAUUACCUCUUAUGAGAGACCGUGGUGUCUGGUCUGCUCUUCUCAUCGGGUUAUUGAUUGAUUUCGUCUGGUACAUGCCAAACGACUUUAUGUACACAGUUUUGAUUGUUGGUAUGAGAGCCAGUAUCAAGGCUGCCACCAGAAUUACUUCCCUUUAUUCCUUCGUUUCAGUUAUCGUUGGUCCACUUUUGGGAUUAUUUAUUGUUCGUUUCAAGCACUUGAAGGUUUUCAUUAUUUUUGGAACUGUUUGCUGGAUUAUUUCCUUAGGAUUGUUAUUCCAUUUCAGAGGAGGUAAUAACGGAACUGACAGUGAGAAGUACUUGAAUGGUGUGAUUGGAUCCUUGUGCCUCAUGGGUUUUGGUGCUGGAUUCUUCACCUAUCCUACCCAAGUCUCGAUCCAAACAUGUACCAACCACGAGUACAUGGCUAUCAUGCUCUCACUUUAUUUGGCUUCAUACAACGUUGGCUUAGCAUUGGGUGCCAGUGUCAGUGGAGCCAUCUGGACCAACGAAAUGUAUCCUGCUAUUGUGAGAGAGUUUAACAAGGCUGGUCUUGACCCAGCUGGCGCACAAGCUGCCUACGGUGCACCAUUCAAGUUUAUCUUGACCAAUGUGUGGGGAACACCAGAGAGAAUUGCCGUUGUGUUGGCAUAUGCUCACGUUCAAAGAUACUUGUGUAUUGCAGGGUUGGUGUUGUGUUUCCCAUUGUUGGUAUUCUCGUUAUUCUUGAGAGACCAUCGUUUGGAUGCGGUUCAAUCGUUGGAGCUCGAGAACGGAGCCGAAAGAAAGGAGAUUGUGGUUAACAACCAAGACGAAGACAUAAUAAUCAAGAAAAUCAAGUCUUUGUUUAAGAGAAAGUAA